AUACAAAACAAAAUGAAGAGAUGGGCAGCUUUUGUGGCGGUGGCGAUGGUGAUGGUGAUGGUGGCAAGUGCGGCAGCGCAGGGGCUGAGCCCGAGCCAGUGCAGCAACCAGAAAAAUAAUCUCAAGUACACGUGUCGUAACGUGGUGGUAGGGGGGAAGCCAUCGGAAGGGUGCUGUCAGCUAGUGAGGGCGGCGAACACCGAAUGCCUUUGCCAAUUUGUUACGCCCAAGUUGGUUGCCGCGCUCGGCGGCGCUGCCCGUGCUAUUGGACUCGUUCGAGGCUGCGGCAGAACCAUCCCCCGUAAUUUUAAAUGUGGAAGUUUGACCACUCCCCCUUGAGGAUAUCUGUGUCCCUUAUGUUGAAAAUAAAUGAGCUACAGUCUCGUCACCUCUUCGUACGUUUGUUUCAAUUCUGUUUUGCACUAAUAGACCGUGUUUAGCUUCUAUCUAAUCAGCGUUAUAUAUGAAAACCUAUAUUAUAUCAAAUGGUUGUUGCUGCAGU